UUCCGUUCGGGUAAGAUGUCGGCCGCCAUCGCUGCCCUCGCGUCAUACGGGGGCUCAGAUUCCGAGUCCGACUCGGGGUCCGAUGCUGAAGGAAGGCCCGGCCUUUCCGCCCAGGUCGCCGGGGCCGACGCUGUGCUUCACUUGGCGGGGCCGCCGCCCUCUGCGCAACAGGCUCUGCUGCCGGUAGUGGACUCGGCCCCAGCGGUGUCGGUGAAGGAAGAUGUGGAAACAGGGCUUCAUAUUGAUCCAACCACCAAGGAAGUUCAAUAUAAUCCGAAGUAUGACACCAUGUUUGCACCAGAGUUUGGGCCAGUCAAUCCAUUUAGGACUCAACAGAUGGCCGCUCCCAGGAACAUGCUUUCUGGAUACACGGAACCAGCACAUAUCAAUGAUUUCAUGUUUGAACAACAGAGAAGAACAUUUGCAACUUAUGGAUAUGCACUAGAUCCUUCAAUAGACAAUUACGAAGUGCCUACUAAAUAUAUUGGAUCUGUAGAAGAAGCAGAAAAAAAUCAAGGUCUAACGGUGUUUGAAACGGGGCAAAAGAAAAUAGAGAAAAGGAAAAAAUUCAAACAGAAUGAUGCAUCUAAUAUAGAUGGCUUCUUGGGACCUUGGGCAAAAUAUGUGGAUGAAAAGGAAGUUGCAAAACCUUCUGAA